ACAUGUUGACGUCCUGCCACAGCAGGACUGUUUCGCGGAACGAUCUGUUUGUGAGCGUUGACGCCACCGUGAAAAUGUAGGAGGAGCACCUGUCGUUGCGUCGAAACCCAGAGCUGCAAACUAAAGCGAGCACAGCCGAGGACAGGCUGCUGUAGAUUCCUGAACUUUUAGAACGACUGGCGCUCCUGUCGCGGCUUAGAAUACGCCGCAUGACGAAUCGCCAGUUACGAUUAUCUCGCAGCCUCGUCUCCGCACUCUCAUCUCGAGCGAUGCUUCGAUUGAGCUGAUCGAAAUUCAGUGCGAUGCUCCCGUCGUUGUCUAUCCGUCGCUGAGGAAACCAAACACAGCCAUGAGGCUUGUACUUGGAUCUCUCACACUCGCUCUUGUCGCUGGGACUACGUUUACCGCCGAGGGACCGUGUGUUUUCAAAGGACAAUGUGGGACAGGGGGCUCACUGGACUUAGGGGUGCCCUGUGCGAUCGAGGGAGAAGCUACACGAACGAACACGCUCAACCGAACCGCCUACGAUCAAUUGGUUUCGUUAUGCCCGGACUUCGAUCGUCCCAACGGAGAGUUCUGUUGCGACGACUCGCAAGUCGGCUUGCUCGUCCAGCAGUUCUCGAACAUGGCCCUGUUCCUGAAGCAAUGUCCGUCCUGUAAUUUCAACAUGGCGAGAAUUUUCUGCCACAUGACUUGUUCUCCGCGCCAGACGGACUUCAUUGAGGUGACAGCGAAGGAAAACGCCACAGAAAAAUCACCCUACGGAACGAAGAAAGUCGGCAGGAUCUCCUACUACCUAAGUGAAGACUACAUCGAUCGGACUUACGCUUCGUGCGCCGAAGUACGGAACCCUCAGACCGGCUUGGCGUUGAAGAUGUUCUGUGGAUCCUACACAUGCUCACCGAAAAACCUCCUGCUCGCAGUGGGGACGGGCGGUUUCUCCCCGUUCCCGAUGGAAUUCGAGUACACGGCUCCCGAGGGGCACGUUCUAUUCGAUCACAACACCACGAAAUGUAGUCAAGCCCCAUUCCCGGGCGAGUCGCCUUGUGCUUGUGCCGACUGCGUCGACGUCUGUCCCCCCUAUGUGGUUCCGGAUGACGAGGUUCCCUUCCGCAUCUUCGGUCAAGACGGAUACUUCGUGUUGACUAUUUCCCUCCUGAGUGUAGUCCUCGCUGGCCUCGCACUUUUCUGGAUUUGCAAAUACAGUCUUGGAUUUUGCGACGCUCUGGAUCGGGACGAGACCAAUCUCCUCUCGAGCGAAAGCUUGCAAGUGGGAGCCAAAGCCCCGUCGGCAAUGAGACGAGGUUUCGAGCGCUUGGGGUUUUUGUGCGCCUCGCGUCCAUGGACUACGAUCGCCGUCGGGGCCAUCUUCUGUUCCCUGUUCUCGCUCGGAAAUCUCAAUUUCCAAGUCGUCACCGAUCCCGUGCAACUGUGGUCCGCGCCGACGAGUGAAGCCAGAACUCAGCGCGAGUAUUACGGAAAUAACUUGGCACCCUUCUACAGGAUUGAACAGGUAAUUAUUGUGAACAAAGGUGGGAAGCCUUUCGUCUACGAAAGUAACAGGACCCAACAGUCCUACGAGUUCAGCCCGGUCUUCCGCUCUGACUUCCUGGCGGACCUUCUGGACCUGCAGGAGAAGAUCACCAACUUGAAGGGCACCUACAAUAACGGGACUGCGAACGAGGAAGUCGACUUGCAGAGUAUCUGUUUCUCCCCUCUCGACAAAAAGUGCGCUAUACAAUCCGUACCGAACUGGUUUCAAAACAACAUAUCGAUCAUCAGAGAAAACCCGGAAAAAUAUCUCGACCACAUCGUCGACUGUGUCAACUCCCCGACCCUGGUCCCAGGUCAGGAUGACCUGCUCAACAUCGGAUGUUUGGGCGAAUACGGGGGCCCUAGCUUCUACUACGCGGCAUUGGGAGGAUACGAUGAAGACAAGCCCCUCCUGGCGCCGGCAGUCGUUCUCACCUUCCUCGUGAACAACCAUGCCAAAGCAGAAGACAACGAACGAGCUGUGGCCUGGGAGCAAGAAUUCAUUCGAUUCAUGAAGAAUUUCACCCACCCCAACAUGACCGUGGCUUUCAUGGGGGAGAGCUCGAUAACGUCCGAACUGGAUGUGGAGAGCCGUUCGGAUGUCUCAACAAUCGCCGUCAGCUACCUGUUGAUGUUCCUCUACGUCGCGGUGGUCCUGGGUCGGUACAAGUCGGUCGCGACGGUCCUCCUGCACAGCCAAAUCGUUCUCGGAGCGAUGGGAGUUUUCCUCGUUCUCGUCUCGGUCGUUUCCAGCGUGGGCAUCUAUAGCUUGAUGGGCAUCCCUUCGACGUUGAUAAUUUUCGAGGUUGUGCCCUUCCUCGUGCUUGCCAUCGGAGUGGACAACAUUUUCAUUCUCGUGCAAGCCUACCAACGAUCAAGCCGGCUCGACGGCGAGUCUCUCGAAGAACACGUCGCGAGAAUUGUGGGACUUGUGGGGCCCUCGCUGCUCUUGGCCAGCGCCUCAGAGGUCACUUGCUUCUUCUUGGGCGCCUUGACGAGUAUGCCAGCCGUCAGGACGUUCGCUCUCUAUGCCGCACUGGCUCUUCUCAUCGAUGUCUUGCUCCAGAUCACAGUUUUCGUUUCCAUGUUGACACUCGACAUCCGGCGGCAGGAGUCGGGGCGGUUCGAUCUAUUGUGCUGUAUGAAAUCAAACUCCGACGAUACGGAGGCGUUCGAAGAUUCAACGCUCUUCAACUUCAUGAAGAAUGUCUAUUCGCCCCUCUUGAGGAAAGAUUAUUAUCGAUUCGCGAUUUUGGUGACUUUCCUCUGUUACCUCGGGUUUUCGCUCAGCGUCAUACCACACCUCGACGUUGGUCUGGACCAGGAAAUUUCGAUGCCCCGAGACUCGUACCUCCAGGAUUAUUUCAGGUCUCUGAAGGAAUAUCUCCGAGUGGGACCGCCCGCCUACUUCGUCAUCCACGACAAGUACAACUACAGUGACGCGAACAAUCAGAACUUGAUCGGCACCUUCGAGGGCGCUGCGAACGAUUCCCUAGUCAAUCAGCUGAUCCAAGCCUCGCGAACGAAGGAAAAAACUUUCAUUGCCGCGCCGGCCAUGUCCUGGAUCGACGACUACUUUGCAUGGAGCCAAGAAUGCUGCUUCGAGAACAACAAGACGCACGAGCGGUGCCCAGCCGAGAAUAUCAGUCAUGGAUGUCUAAAGUGUACUGGGGAUUCCGAUCGACCCCCGAGCAUGACUUCUCACAUCAAGGAUUUCCUCCACGAUAUACCUGAUGUCAAGUGCGGUAAGGGCGGUCACGCGGCCUACAGCCAAGCGAUCCAGCUGGUCCCGAACGCGAAGAAUCUCGGUGGUGUCGAGAUAGGAGCGACGAGUUUCAUGACCUACCAUUCCAUCCUGAAGAAUAGUACGGACUUCAUCAACGCGCUACGAAUGGGGCGAUACGUUGCGGAGAAGAUCGAGAAGAGACUCAAAGAAAGCUACAAAGGGAACAAAGACGACGCGGAAGUUUUCCCCUAUUCGAUCUUCUACGUUUUCUACGAACAGUACCUGACUAUCUGGAGCGACGUUGCGAAACAUCUCCUCAUUUCCUUCACGGGAGUUCUUCUCAUAACUUUCUUAUUGAUGAAGUUCAAAGUUUUCCCCACGAUCGCUAUCGGUCUGACCAUUUCAAUGAUCGUUAGCGACCUGAUGGGCGUCAUGUACAUGGCGAACGUAUCGCUGAACGCCAUUUCACUCGUUAAUCUCGUCAUGUGCGUUGGUAUCUCUGUGGAGUUUUGCUCCCACAUCGUUAAAGCUUUCAUCGAAGACGACGAGUCGUGUCCAAUCGAGCGAGCCAUAAAUGCCGUAGCCCAUACAGGAUCGUCGGUCUUGAGCGGCAUCACGUUCACGAAAUUCAUCGGAGUUGUUGUUCUGUUCUUUGCCAAGAGUCAGCUUUUUGUGAUCUUUUAUUUCCGAAUGUACCUAGCCAUUGUUCUUCUCGGCUCCUUCCACGGUCUGGUGUUCCUCCCAGUUUUCCUAGCGACGUUCGGAAGCCCUAAGUCAACGGGAAGGAAUAGCAAUUGAUGGCAGCAACCGAUGCCAUCAUGACAUACGCUCUAUUGAAUUAUUCAUGUGUUUUGCAACGACUCAUAUAAAGUUGAAUGAUAUAAAUGGAUAUAUUGUACGUUU